AUGGACCACAUCCACACGGUAACACGGCUCAUUGAAGUAUUGCGAGAGUGCAAAAGACCGCUCUGUCUCACUUUCAUCGAUUUACACAAGGCCUUUGAUUCAGUUGAGAUAGAAGCAGCCUUGGAAGCCCUUGAUAGUCAAGGAGUCCCUACUCAGUACAUGAUGAUUCUUCGUGAGCUGUACAAAAAUUUCGCAACCAAAAUGUCACGAUUCUACAACGAUAUCAACGUUGACGUCGAAAGGCGUUAA